AUGCCGACGUUUCAAUUCGAAGCGAUGGACGCCACUGGCAACGAGAUCAAAGAUGUGAUCGAGGCUGCCAGCGAAGAUGAAGCGCAGGCCACAAUACGCCAGCGCGGGUACUUCGUCACCAAAAUCUCGGCCAAAAAGGCACGCCAACGGGCGGAAAAGAAGAAGGGCGCCAAAGGAAAGUCCUUCGCCAUUGGUGGUGUCAGCGGGAAGAUUCUCACCACCUUCACGCGGCAGUUGUCCAUUUUGCAAGAUGCCGGUCUGCCGAUUCUCCGCAGCUUGCGAAUUCUCGAACAACAAUCGAAGCCCGGCCGGCUGAAGAACUCGCUGAUGGAUGUCUGCGACGAAAUUGAAGGCGGCUCGACGCUCUCAGAAGCCAUGGCCAAAUGCCCCAAGGCGUUCGACCGGCUGUACGUCAAUAUGAUCAAGGCCGGCGAGGCGGGUGGUGCCUUGGAAGUCAUCCUUCGCCGCCUGGCCGAGUUUAAAGAACGGGCCGAAACCCUGAAGCGUAAAGUCAAAGGCGCGCUUAUUUACCCCAUCGUGGUCGUCGGCGUCGCCGUGUUGAUCCUUGUGUUCAUCAUGUUGAAGAUCGUGCCGGCGUUCCGCAAGAUUUUCGAAGACUUCGAUACCGAGCUGCCGGCCAUGACCGAGUUGCUCAUCACUAUCUCGAACUUGGUCGGCUCGUACUGGUUCCUCAUUCCAACCAUUCCCCUGGGGGUCUGGCUGUUCGUCAAGCUGGUCUGCAAGUUCAAGGCGGGCCGCUUCGGGUGGGACUUGUUCACCAUUCAGGUGCCCAUCUUUGGCCAAUUGCUGGAAAAGAACACCAUGGCCCGCACCAGCCGAACCCUGGGAACCCUGGUCGCCUCGGGUGUGCCAAUUCUUGAAGCGCUCAACAUCACCCGUGAGACCAGCGGCAACGCUGUGUUCGAGCGGAUGUACGGCAAGAUCUACGAUUCGAUUCGCGAAGGUGAAUCGAUCGCUCAGCCCAUGAAAGAAUUCUCGAAGCCGAAGUUCAACCCGGUCACGGUGUUCUUCUGGUUUGCGUUCAUCGGCGGUCCGGUGGGCGUGCUGAUGUACCUCAUGAAGCUGAACAGCCGGGUUGUCGACGACCUGGUGAUCAACAUGGUCGACGUGGGCGAAGAGACCGGUGAACUCGACACCAUGCUCUACAAAAUCGCCGACAACUACGACGAAGAAGUGACCGUGCUCACAGAAAGCCUGGUGAGUUUGCUGGAACCGUUGAUGAUCAUCAUCCUCGGCGGCAUGGAGAAGCGAAACAUGGACCCCAACCCCCGCACCACGCCGCGUGGCUUCACGCUGGUCGAGUUGCUGAUGGUCAUCAUCAUCAUCGGCAUCUUAGCCGGUUUGCUCAUCGUCGCCGUUGGUCCCACCCUCGGCACGGUGAACAAUGCAGUUGUGAAGACCGAGAUCGAUCAGAUGGACUUGGCGUUGAACAACUACCGCAAUACAUACGGGGCCCUGCCCCCGACGUUGUAUCCCACAAAUCAUGGCACUCAGAUGGGUGUAUUUGCCAUCAGUGCGACAGACGCCGGUACCAAACAAGAUGGGAAAAUUGCACGAUUCGAAAGACACGUCCGAAAGGCAUUUCCACGCUAUGCAGGCAACUGGACUAUUGCAAGGACAGCUCUCGCCACAGGCACAGAGUUUCCCACGGGCGCUUCCUACGGUGGUGUGACGGCUUGCGACCUUACGACUAUGGACCCGGCUGAGGCGCUGGUUUUUUGGUUGGGGGGUAUUCCAAAGAUCUGGAAGGCCGAUCUCGCGGCAGGGGAAUACGAAGUUGAACUGACCGGCUUUGCGCAGGAUCCAAGCAAUCCAUUUCUCCCAGAGUAUGAUCCUCCUUCGGGAGGUGAUUUUCAAUCGAAUCGCACACCACCGCUCUUCGAGUUCGACCCUCGCCGCUUGGUCGAUACCGAUCAAGACGGUUGGCCUGAAUAUGUGCCAGAUACGGGUGCGGCCCAAGGGACUCCACCCUAUGCCUAUUUCCAUUCCUCUACUUACACAGAGUUGCCGUUCUAUCCGGCGAGCGAUCACGGUUCGCUUGGAACUUGGGGAUUGGCUCGGCCGUACCUAAUCCGGUAUCAGCCUUCAGCCACCGAGAUGCCGAUAGAUAGCAGCUUCGCGAAUUCUGAAACAUUUCAAAUCAUCUGCGCUGGUGCAGAUAACCAAUAUGGUGAGCCGGUAACCUCAGCCACCAUUCUUACUGCCAUUACGAAACUGCCGGUGUAUCCGGAGGGGCUGAAUUACAACAUCGCGUCAAGCCCCGCCACGAAAGGCCCAACUUUGAGUGCCAUCGAGUACGACAACCUCACCAACUUCACCGAUUCAGCUUUGGAAAACGAUAUCGAAGACUAA